AUGUCGGUGUUCCACGACGAGGUGGAGAUCGAGGACUUCGCGUACGAGGAAGAGACCGGGACCUACAGGUGCCCCUGCGGGGUCCGAAUCCUCAUCACGCGGGAGGACCUGGAAUGCGGGGAGGACGUGGCCACCUGUUCCAGCCGCACCAUCUGAGUUCGACCCAAAAGGUGAUCUCUGCUUCCCAUCCAGAGUGUUUUUCACGUGUUCCUGCCACUUCCUGGAGGAUUGGGAGCUUGUUGAAAGCAAGACAUCCCAGAGGAAAAGGUUCUUUCUUGUGAUGGGUCACAAGGAAGCCGAGCCCAGCACCUUGUUGUAAGCAGCCUGGCCUGGGAACCUCUCUCAUCACUGUCUGUGUGACAUUCCAGCUCUGUUUCAGAAAGCAAAGGAAAUGGUUAACACAGAGAGAAAAAUGCCAUUCUGUUUCUCUGCGCCAAUGAUGGCACCCACCUCACCUACCAGGACAAACCCCAACCAUCAGCCAGCACUGACUGCAUCAACUGGUUCUUGGUUUAAAAAGUCAAGAGGAAAAUACCAGGAGAGAGUAUUUGAGUGGAAGCCAGAGGCAAUGUGGAUUAAACCAUUCAAAAGACCUUGACCAUGAAGACCAGACCACAUGAACUGAACUGAUCUUGAAUAGUUUGGACAGAAACAGUGCAGAUACUUAGAUAUGCUCAUAU